AUGCAUGCUGUCCUACUAUUAGGGUCAAUUCAAAAGCAGAGGACACCAACACUUAUGCUUUGUCUUAGUUUUACAACCAACAUGACCAUAUUCAAGGCUUGUUGUUAUUCAAAUGAUGGCGAUGACAUGAGUGAAGAUGGGUUUUAUGUAAGGAGAGUACGCCCAGGUGAUGAAGAAGGAGAACCAGGAAUUGACGGGAUGGCCUCAGACUUCAUUGCAAGGUUCUAUGCAGCUAGGGUUUCAGACCCGGAGCGCCAAGCUCUUGCUCUCUAA